AUGACUACAAUCCCUGUGAAUGGCAUGGUGCACCACCAAACCACCCUUGAGCUCGAACCCAAGGACUUAUUUGACUACUCAAAAAGGUCCCAAUGGCUACGAGCCGCGGUCCUGGGAGCCAACGAUGGCUUAGUCUCCACCGCAUCCCUAAUGAUGGGUGUUGGAGCCGUCAAACAAGAUAUUAGAGCCAUGAUUUUGACCGGCUUUGCUGGCUUGGUAGCCGGAGCUUGCAGUAUGGCAAUUGGAGAAUUUGUAUCUGUUUAUUCACAACUCGAUAUAGAAGUCGCUCAGAUGAAAAGAGAUUUCAAUAGAAGAGAUAUUGAGGUAGCUGAAGCCGAUGGCUUGCCAAACCCUUGGCAAGCCGCAGCUGCAUCGGCUCUAGCUUUUUCUUUGGGUGCUAUGGUGCCUUUAUUGGCCGCUUCGUUUAUCAAGCCUUAUAAGGUGAGGAUUUUGGUCAUGGCGGGGGCAGUGACAGUGGCAUUGGCGGUUUUUGGGUGGUUAGGGGCGGCGUUGGGACGGGCACCGGCGGUCAAGUCUACGAUUAGGGUGGUGGUUGGAGGGUGGAUGGCUAUGGCCAUUACAUAUGGCUUAACAAGGUUAAUUGGUGCAAAGGGACUCCAUUGA